AGAGCUGGGUUUUGGAUCCCAAACACCCAAGGGACGAACCCUAGAGAGAGAGAGCGACUUGGGAACAUUCUUGGAGCUAUUUUGGAGGAUUUCUUCGCCAUUGGAGCUCAGGAAUCUAGCUUGGAGAUGGAGAUUGAAGAUCUAGAUCAGAUUUCUGCAGUCUCUCUCUUCUCUAUGGAGUAACUUCCCUUCACUUAGGUUUUGAGGAACCCUAG